AAUUAUUUUUCGAGUUGAUGAUGUGUCAAAAUAUGACUGGCAGAUAAUCAUAGAAAUAUGUAUGUUGAAACACAAUACAAAAAAAGAAAAAUGGGUAAGAAUAACAGUUGCUUGCGUAUUUUCAUCAAGUCCGGAUGAUGUGGCUACUGUCAGUUUGCUAUUCAAACGAUUUUUCACCUCGAACUACGAUAUAUACGUUUGCAUUGAAUUGCGUCUUGAAAUUGGAUAAGACAGUAAAAGCCGGCAUCAAGAGUAACGUGCAAUGAACUUGUAACAUUGAACCUUGAUAAACGAAAUUAUAAUUUUUUUCAAAUUAUUUAAUUUAACAAAACAAUCUGAUAAUAUUAAGAACAAAAGAAAAUAAUGAAGCUCCUAACACAUAAUAUGUUAACUUCAAAAUGUUUAAAAGGUGUUACUGUUGGAUAUCCUCUGGGAAUUAUUGCAAAAGAUAUUAAAGUAUCAGAAGUAGCUUUCAACUCAGAAUUUAUUGCAAGAAUAAUUCCCAAACUUGAUUGGGCCACAUUUUGGAAGGCUGCAGAAAGUAUAGGACAUGUGGGAGAAUUACCACAAACUUUGAUUCAAGAUUUUGAGACAAAUGAGGAUUUUUUAAAGAAGGUUCAUCAUGUAUUACUUGAAGUUGAAAUUAUUAAUGGUGAUCUACUAUGUCCAGAAUCUGGUAGAAAAUUUCCUAUUAAUGAUGGUAUACCAAAUAUGCUUUUAAAUGAAGAUGAAGUUUAA